AUAAAAUUCUUGCCAAUUGCACGCUUAGUGAUUUCGGAGGAGGGUUCAAGGCUUUUUCAAGUGUAAAUAAAAUUAAUCGCGCUACAAGUUAAAAAUCAGUAGAUCUGUGCAAACUAUUGCGAUAGUUACUGUUUGCUCAUGUGUUUGGCUUGAAGUAAAAUGAAUUUAUUAACAAUAAUUGUGUGCUGUGUGCUUGGUUAUGCCGUAGUGGCUUUACCAAGCAAGGAGGGCGGCAAAACUACUUCUCAAAGUGAUUUGGAACUGACAAUUGUUCAUUUUAAUGAUUUUCAUGCAAGAUUUGACGAACAAAACCCGACUUCCGGCGUUUGCAAGCCAGGAAAUGUCUGCCACGGAGGAAUUGCACGCAUGUACGAAUCUAUAAUGAAUAUAAUGGACUCAGACACCAACCCAAUCUUACUGAACGCCGGGGACAACUUCCAAGGCACUCUUUGGUAUUCUCUCUUCAAGUGGAACGUCACACAAUACUUCAUGAACAUGUUACCAAUUAAAGCAUACACAAUCGGAAAUCAUGAAUUUGACGAUAAAGUCGACGGUCUCAUCCCGUUUCUGAAAGCAAUCAAAGCCCCUGCGUUGGUAUGCAACCUAAACGACACCCUAGUCCCGGAAAUCCAAGGAUUAUACAAGAAAUCAUUAGUUUUCGAAGUGGAAGGUAAAAAGAUCGCGAUUGUCGGCGUGGCGUUGACAAGCACACCGGAAAUCUCCAACACUGGCGACUUGGGUUUCUUCGAUGAGGUCGCUAGUGUCAACGCGGAAGUUGAUCGACUCGUCAGAGAGGAAGACAUCUUCACCGCCAUUGUACUCUCACACGCUGGGUAUUUUAUUGAUAUGAAGAUAGCGAAGGAGUCUACUGAGAAGAUUUCGUUGAUUGUCGGCGGGCAUUCGCAUACGUUUUUGAAUAAUGGAACAGGAGAAGAUGGCACGAAACCGGAAGGAACUUAUCCGACUGUGAUUAAGAGGGAUCUUGAUGGGCAGAUGGUGCCGGUUGUUCAGGCAGCUUGUUAUACUAGGUAUUUAGGAAGGUUGAAAUUGGUGAUUGGGGCGAAUGGUGAGGCGGUAUCAUGGGAUGGACAACCGAUUUUCAUGGCGCCGAGUUUACCGAAAAAUGCAAAGAUUGUGGAAUUGAUGAAACCCUGGCAGGAAGCAGUAGAAGCAGCUGGUAGUAAACUGCUGGGAUCUACAGAUGUGCACCUGGAGGCUGAAACUUGUCGAUUUGAAGAGUGUAACUUCGGUAAUUUCCUUACGGACGCCAUGGUUUUUGCUUAUAAAGAACGCGCCCGUGGUGAUUCCUGGGCCUAUGCCUCACUCGCCAUAAUGAAUUCCGGUGGAAUACGUGCUUCCAUCCCCGUAGGAAACAUCACAUACAACGAUUUAAUCACUAGUCAACCAUUCGCAAACACUUUCGACGUUGGCACGUUGCAAGGAACCCAUAUAAAAGCUUUCCUGGAACAGACCGCCUUGCCAACCCGCUUCCGGGACAUUCAAGCCAACGUCCAACUGCUACAACUUUCCGGUUUCAAAGUUGUCUAUGAUUUAUCCCAGCCUGAAUACCAUCGCGUUGUAGACCUGCAAUUACUCUGCGCAGAUUGUCCCAAACCUGUCUAUGAGCCUUUUGAUCCUUUGAAGGAUUAUAAAAUAAUUGUACCUUCAUUUGUCGUCGCCGGGGGUGACGGCUAUAACGUAAUCCGCGAUAAUCUUAAGGAUCUUGUGAUUGGACCGUUGGAUAUGGACGUUUUGGCUGAGUAUCUGUCAAAAGUGAGUCCUGUCACUACUGGGCUUGAAGGACGUAUUAGUUUCGUUGGUAAAACACGUCCAAAACGCGAAGCGCUUUACUAAAAGUCUUAAAAACAAUAAAUAAAUACAAAUAAAGAUGAA